AAAAACAUGAUUCGGGGAAAGAAAAGUUGCUUCCAGCAUCUUCACUUCAUGAGCGAUUUGUUUCGUUCUGGGAAAGAUUAUGACUGCUCAUUCAAAGUUGGCACGAAGGUUUUCAGAUGCCACAAACAGAUUUUCAGCUGGGCGAGCCCACCCUUUAAAGCAAUGUUACAAUCAACAACAUUCAAAGAUGCAUAUAAAAAUCCAGAUGAAAUAAUCAACCUCGGCGACACUUCGGAAGAAGCCUUUGCAUUCUUUCUUGAGUACCUGUAUGAAAGGACAGUUGAGUUUCCAUCGCAGAAGAUAGCAAUUGAAGCUCAUUUUUUCGCACACGUAUGGAAUGUAGCAUGUUUGGAGAAAAUCGCAGAACACAAUUUAGAGCAAUCUCAACCUGAAGAAUUGGGCAAACUUUAUAUAAUAAGCAAGCAAGUUGGAAAUGUUAUGAUUAUGCAGCGCAUCAAGGAGAAAAUAUGCCUUAACUUCGAGAGAGUAGUGGGAUCUCCAAUGUGGAAAACCCACCCUGACAAAAGCUGCGAAAUCCUAAUCGAUGUUUUAAGCGACAGUGAUUGCAAUAUCAGUAUCCACUCUGAGAUGCAAUUCGCAGAAGCUGUGGUAGAGCUGCAGGUUCAAGAUAAAGCCAUUAUAGGCAAAAUUAUCCGCCUAAUCAGAUUUUACACCGUCGGCUGCAAGGAUUUUAUAAAUUUUAUACGAAAAUACCCUCUUUUGUCGCCAGACAUUUUAACAAUUCCAGAAGCUCAAAGCAUAGCAAUGAGCAUCGUGCAAAAAAAACCUCUGCUACCUACAGGUUUCUCCCACAUAACUGAAUCUAGAAAGGCAAUGAAAGAGAGACAUGAUGUUUGUUGGAAACAUAAACCAAUUGAGAAAAUAACACCAAACAUUGAGACUUCAUUAAAAUUUUGGGUGGAGGAUGAUGUCUACCUGCUUGGAAUCUAUCUUGACAGCUUAAAAUGCAAGAGGGAAAUCUCUUGUAACUACGAGGUGACGCUGAUGUCUGGUGAACAAAUUCUCAGCACUACCAUUUUCCAAGGAUUCCCAAUGGAUCACACGAAGAAUUACACCAAUAUAAAUCAGCAGUACUGCAUUGAGCUCAGCAAUCCGAUUCUUCUUAAAGCUGAGGUGCCCUACAAGCUAGUUGUGAGCAACAUGCUGGACGAAGGAAACAGUAACGUGACAUUGAGGGCGAGUAUCAGAAAUAGGAAAAAGGCAUGGAGGAGCUCAGUGACAAAUAUCCACUUCAUUGGCAGCAACAAGACGGGUGAAAUCUUUGGCUUGGCUUUGGCACUGCCUCACAACCAGUAGAAAAUUGUAUUAUUUUGUACAUAGUAGCAAUACGAGUUUAGACGCAACAAUUUUAUUGUUAGCACAGUCAAUCUUAGCAACUUUUAAAUUUUUAAAAGCACUUAAUCAGAUAGAUUUUAUUAUCUCUUUUUUGGCAUUCUUGUACACUUUUAUGUUGGCUAUUUCUAACAUAACCAGUGAAAAAUAAACAACUGCAACGAAUGCGAAAAGACUAAC